UGCAGAUAGGAUCUUACCAAGUGGGGAAUCACAGGCCUCCCAAAAAAAUCGUAAAUACACAAAUAUGACUCGUCCAAGAUGAGAAGAAAAUGUGACUGUCAACCGCUGGAUUUUCUCAGAGGACAUGAGAGCCACGAGGGUGGCCGCUGCAAGGAAGAGGACGGGCAAGAUAAAUCUGGUCACUUCGCAUAUAAGCAAAGGCUCCGGACGCCCAGGCUAUAAGGCGCACCUGCAAGAAGUGUGGAGGAAUAAUUGAAUUCCGCUUUCUUUCUUUUUUGGCCGUCUCAGCAGGAAGAAGGACGGCAACGACAGGGACAAAGGCAGACACAGGAAGUUGGAAGAAGGGGAGCCGAAGAAGGAGAGGAGAGUCGUUCGAUUUAUUGCCGGAAAAUGGCCCCCGUCAGCAACAUAGGGAAGUAUCAGCUCCGGCAAACGAUCGGAGAAGGCACCUUUGCCAAGGUCAAGCUGGCCAUCGACAGCUCGGAUGGCCAUACCGUUGCCGUCAAGGUCAUCGAUAAGCAGAUGGUGAUGGAAAACAAUCUUAAGCAUCAGGUGAAAAGAGAGAUUCGGACAAUGAAGCUUUUACUUCACCCGAACAUUGUAAGGAUACACGAGGUCAUCGGAACCAAGACAAAAAUAUACAUAGUAAUGGAAUAUGUAUCCGGAGGACAACUAUCAGAAAAGCUGUCUUAUCUGAGGAAAUUCAGUGAAAGCGAGGCAAGAAAGCUAUUCCAACAGUUGAUCGACACGGUGGACUAUUGCCAUCACAGAGGGGUAUAUCACAGGGAUCUGAAGCCAGAAAACUUGCUGUUGGAUAGCAAGGGGAAUCUGAAGGUGUCUGAUUUCGGACUUAGUGCUUUGCGAAAGCCUGGAGACAUGUUAUCGACAGCGUGUGGCUCUCCAUGCUAUGUUGCACCCGAGCUAUUUGCGGAUAAAGGGUAUGACGGAGCAGCUGCAGACAUUUGGUCUUGUGGGGUGAUCCUCUUCGAAUUACUGGCAGGGAAUUUGCCGUUUGAUGACCGUAGCCUGAUGAAUUUAUACAAGAAGAUCGCAAGAGCAGAAUACACAUGUCCACCAUGGUUCACAAACAGUCAAAAGAAGAUCCUCUCUAGAAUACUUGAUCCAAAUCCUACAAGGCGAAUAACAAUAUCGGAGAUUUUAGAGGAUGCUUGGUUCCAGGAAAACUACAAACCUGCUUGCGGAGGCGAAUGUGAUGCAAAGAACCUGGAUGAUGUUAAUGCUGCUUUUGACGCACUAGAGGAUAGUGAUGCAGAGAAGACAAUGCCAAAGUCCAACAAUUUUAUAAAUGCUUUUCAAUUGAUCGCAAUGUCACGCGACCUGGAUUUAUCAGGACUUUUUGAAGAACAGGAAGAGAAGAAACAAAAAACAAGGCUUGGAUCCAAAAAUACAAUUAGUGAUACCUUCAGAAAAAUAGAAGUUGCUGCAACAGAUAUGAGUCUUUCAAUUGAAAGAUUAAACAAUAAGAUGAAGAUGCAUCCAAGGCAAAAGAUGACUAGAUGUGCUAGAUCCUAUCUUGAUUUUUCAGCAGAGGUGAUUGAAGUUGCUCCUGAGCACUGUGUAGUAGAAAUCUCGAAAUCAGCAGGCGAGCUAGGAAUGUAUAAAGAGUUCUGCCGGAGUUUAUCAAGCCUGCUCACUGAGAAAUCAUGCGAUUCAUUAGAGAGUCCAACGUCUCGAGAGAGCUUAAUCCAAUGCGAGGACGUAGUCAGAGCAGGAUGCUCUAAAGAGGACAUUGAUGAUGAUGAGGACCUCCAAAGUUCAUCAUCCUCCUUAUGAUCAAGCUGGGCACCUUUCAGGACUCAGGAUCAUGCCGAUGAAAGAAUGUAAAGCCUAUUUCAACUGUACAUUGAGAAAUUUACGCAAAGCUUUUGCACCAAGUUCAAUCAACUUAAUGGAUAACAAAAAUUCUCUGGU